AGUUCUCACUAUGAGGUACUUAAAGCACAGACCUUGCUGAGCAAGACCUUGUAGAGUUUCUCCUUGAGUGAAAGCAUCCCCUCAGGCUUCAACAUGAAGACUACUAUUCUUCUGCUUACUGUUGUCCUCAUAGCUGUGUUGCCAGAGUGUCAGAUGGCCAAGUUUGGUCAGCUGUGUAGCGGAAAUUCCAGUAACAGGAGGAGGACAGGGGACAAAUGGGGACAAGGACACUACGGAGCAAGCAGAACAAAAAAUGUGCAUGAGGGCAUUGACAUCAUGUGUAACGACGGGGCCACAGUGUACGCUCCAUUUGACGUGACACUCAAAGGCAAAGUGAUAGUGUACAAAGACCCGAAGAAGGCAGCCAUCAACGAUGGGAUCAACCUCAGUGGGGAGGGUCUGUGCUUUAAGCUGUUCUACGUGAAGCCUGACAGUUACUCUGGGGUGGUGAAGAAGGGCCAGAGGAUUGGGACACUGCUCCCCAUGCAGAGUGUCUACCCAGGAACCACUUCUCACGUCCACGUCCAGAUGUGUGACAAGUCCGACCCCACCAAGUACUUCUGAUUGAUUGGUUAAAUAAAUACUCAAAAUUAGCACAAUGAUAGACCUUA